CAGCGUCAGCGGUGGUGUUGGGGGGAGCGAGGCAAUCCGUGCGUCGAAAACGUCAGUGAAGCAGCAUGGCGGAGAUGUGUUUGGAGUGUCUGUGCUCUGAGUGUGUGGGGAAAAAACACUCUCAGCCGAUUUAACAAGAAAGAUCAGUGUCUAUUGCAUUUUUUUUGGUCAAAUAAGUGUUUAUCUAAGAUGGAGAGCCACAGUGGUGGCAGCGUCCCUGCAUCGAAAUACAGCUCAGUGAAAUAUUACAUCCCACCCGAGACUUACGUUACACCAAGUCAAGAUGGCGAGCAUUCUGGUACCGAGCAAGCUGUUGGUACCGAGACUAGACCGAGAACUGGAGUGUCUUCUACGCAAUAUAUUCCAAAGGCGGGGGACCGCUUGAACUUUCAAAUACCGAGAAAGAACAAAGAAAAGAGAGCCUUGUUUCAGUAUGUGUCGUCAGAGUCCCGGGAGUUUGAAGACAUCUUGACCAUCCUGUCAUCCAACUACAGAGAAGCCAGCUCCAACGGGAUGUUCAUGUACACCAAGCCAAGACUGGUCCACAGUGAGCUGCUGGAGAAGGACUUUGUAGAGAAAAGGAGAGAGCUGAAGCAGGAUGGGAGGACGGAGAAGGAACUGGAGGAGACCCAUUGUUUCCUGAUGGCUGACACCACCAAGCUGCCAUGGAUCUGUGAGAAGGGCCUGCUUGUGGGGCACAGCUGGAUCACAGCUCUGGGGAACCCCUCCAAGGGUGUUUAUCUGUCUAAAAACUCAGACCUACUGCAGAUCAAUCCUUUUAACCCUGGAGUCAUGGGAGAGAUCAUCAUAUUCAAGGUCAUCAAGGGUAAAGUGAAGAGCAUCUAUGAGAACAUGUCAAAGAACCUUCUGGACCCCACGCCCAAGUUUGACAGCCAUUUCUCCAAGAACGCCAGCAAAGUGACAUCUCUCACCUCCUAUAGAGCGUACGAGCUUACUCAGCAAUACUUCUAUGAGUAUGACUUUGAUGAGCUGAAGUCUCGGCCGAGACACGUGUGUCCCUAUGCAGUGGUCUCUUUCCAGUUCAAAGGCAAAGAUGCUCCUCUUCAAGCCAAGCCCAUAGCUCCCCUGAGGUCAAACAGCCAAACGUCUGAAGGAAGUACAGGCAGGAGUAAAUACACAGUGUGGAGUGGAGAGCUGGUGAAUGAGGGUAGAGCAGUGUCCCAGGUCUCUUUCUGCUCCUUCUCACCCCCCUUCCUGCCUUUCAAACUGCCUGAGAAGCUGGAGCUGGGUCUGGUGAUGCGUAUAGACCAGGUGAAUCAGAUGAUACCCUCGGCUUUGUUCUCCUGGAACCUGUACGCAGGCAGCCACGAAGUGUUGAAGAAUGGAACCUACUGCAGUCUGCUGGAGGUAGUGGACAAGAGCAAGUCAGGUGACUGUCUGGCAGCACUGCUACAAGGCCUGGAGACACAGAGACUGGUGCUUGUCCACGCGUUGGCUGACAAAGGAUUCCUCUUCCUCCUGUCUUCAGUUCAGAUGGCUGCUCCAACUGAAAGAAGAGAUGGGUGGAAAAGAGGCCUUCAAGCACUCUUUGUUUUUCAAGAGUCGAGGGAUGUGGCAAAAUACAGUACAAAUUGUCCAGCUACCCAGGAGCCUUUGCAGUCGUCAUUUUCCCAUGACACUGUGAUGCCCCAGCUUAAAAGCUUUGUCCCGGCUCUGCAUCAUGCCCUGGUCAAGGUGCGCUGCAACCCGCCUGCUGACCUCUCGGCCGGGGUCGAGCACCAGGCCAGGGACUACCUAAGUGGACUUCACGAUGGAAAGCUCCGCCACGUUCCCAUGACUGAGUACGACACCAAGCUGGAUGACCGAGGGAAGCUGUUCCCGGCUCCAAAACACCACAAGCUCAACAUGGAGGGCUACCUGCGCUCCUACGUCUACAGCCCUAACCUCUACACCAUGCCCGUGGUCCGAGCUAAGGAGAUGAUGGAGAGUUACUGUGUCGUGCCUGAUGACAUCAGCCCUGUGACUGAUUGUGAGGGUGGUAGUAGGGCCAGCGGGGACAAGCCAGUGGUAGGGUCAAAGGUCAAGCCUAAUGGUCCCACUGCUGCCCAGCCUCCGGCGGUCCAGGUUAACCUCUCUCCGUUUCAGUCUCGCACUGACUCCAACCCUCAGAAGGUGAAGGAGCUGAUCAACUUGAUACUGAAGUGUCGGAAGAAUGCAGAGGGGGAUGUGAGGAAGAGGGGAGAGGCGCAGGGAGGAGCGAAGGAGGGGGCAGGCCUGUUGGACCCCCGUGGGCUGAAGAGGAAGCUGGAGAGGGAGACUGCAGAGAGGACUCUGAAGUACCUGAAAAAGGCCUCACAGGAGAGGGGUGGAGUGGACAGCAGACCAGCUGAAGGGGGCCAGAACCCGUCCUGUCUGUCCUCUCUGAUGCUCCACAGUGUGGGUCUGAAAGACGUGGACCUGAGGAGAGACGGAUCAGAGGCUGCAGUCAAGUUACUGAAAAUGUUAACCAGCCUGAAGAAUGCUGCAGGGCAACAGCCACAGAGUUCUGAGGGCAGAGGAGGAGGGUCAAGAGAGGGGGCGGAGCAAACGGAAGCUCUGCUGUUUGAUAGGAUGAUCAAGCUGGGUCUGCCGCCCAAUCAGGACAUUGACCUGAGGAAACGACCUUCUGGGGGCCUGCAGGACAAGGCUGACUACUUGGAGGAGCAGGCAGCAGGCAGUAUGAGCAGUCUGGAAGGCUUCAGCCCCAGUUCCAAUGGUGAAACGCCCAGGAGAUCGCACUCGCACUGUCAGGGGGAGGAGCAGAUUCCAUGGGUCCUCAUCCCCAUUACAGGGCUGAAGUGGAAGAGGUACUGCCAGAGAGAGAAGGACAACCCUCAGGACCCGCGCUUCGUACCCCAGGUCCCCAUGGCAACCAGCAUCUACCCCCGCUGUGUUCCGGAGCGAAGGGAAAGAAACGUCACCCCUACCCUAGAGGAGCCCCCAGAGCCUAGCCCCAGUCCUCCCCUAGAGGAGCACCCAGAGCCUAGCCCCAGUCCUCCCCUAGAGGAGCCCCCAGAGCCCAGUCCCUGUCCCAGUCCCUACCCCAGUCCCUACCCCAGUCCCUACCCCAGUCCCUGCUCCAGUCCCUACCCCAGUCCCAUAGAGGAUGAUGAGCAAUUAGCUGAAACCCCCUGUGACCCCACAGAAAUAACCAACAACGAAAAGACAACCACAGACGAGACAAACCAGAGCCUCCUUCUGGUCCCUGUUACUCCAGUGAGCACCAGCCUCCCAGAGAAAAGCAGCAGCCCCUCCCCUGAGCCAGGGCCAGCUGAAGAACCAACCCAUACUAACCCCAUAGAGGCUGGUCAGGAACAAGCUGAAGAACCAACCCAUACUAGCCCCAUAGAGGCUAGUCAGGAACAAGCUGAAGAACCAACCCAUACUAACCCCAUAGAGGCUGGUCAGGAACAAGCUGAAGAACCAACCCAUACUAACCCCAUAGAGGCUAGUCAGGAACAAGCUGAAGAACCAACCCAUACUAGCCCCAUAGAGGCUAGUCAGGAACAAGCUGAAGAACCAACCCAUACUAGCCCCAUAGAGGCUGGUCAGGAACAAGCUGAAGGCAGUACAGGAAAAUAUAUACUAACUGUUGUGGCAGCUGAAGACCCAAACACAAUAGAGGUUGAACAGGAGGAGGAGGUUAAAGAGGUAGAGGAACAGGUGAUGGAGGAGGAAGAUGUGAUAGAAGUGGUAGAUGAGGAACCGGUGACGGAGGAAGUGGAGGAGGGAGAUGAGAAGGAGGAGGAAGACCUGAUGGAAGUGCUAGAUGGGGUGGAAGAGCAGCUGGAGGAAGGGGAAUUAGUGGAGGAAGAGAACGAACAUGUGGAGACAGAGUUGAAACAGACAGGGCAGGUGUCACCCAGACCACCCUCCUCCAUUCCUCCCAUCCAGAAUCCUCCUCCCAUUCAAAAUCCUCCUGUCCAGAGACCCGUUCUGACCAGAGUGGAAAGUAUCCUGGACCAGCAGUUCAGUGACUUCUCCACAGAGAUGCAGAUCCUCCUGCUCAGAGAGAGUGUCCACUACAGCUCAUCGCUCCUCCAUACCCAGAAUGCUUCACAGCAGCUCCCGGUGCAUCCGCUCCUGCACUUCUCGGAGUACGUCUCCUUCUACAACUCGUCCCCUCCCAUGCAGGCCUACGUCACCUCGCUCCGAGACCGCAUGGGCACCAUCAUAAACGUACAGGACCAAUGGAUUCCCAGCACGUUAGCCACCCACCCUGCCCUGGUCUCAUCUAUCACUAACCGCCACCAUGCUAACCACUCUCCUCCAACCACUACAUACUGGAACCAUUCUUUCUGUGGCCCUGUGUCUCAGUCUGUCCCCAGCCACCGCCUCUCUCCUGCUCCUGGCCUUAGCCUUGCUGUGUCUCAGUCUGUCCCCAGCCACCGCCUCUCUCCUGCCCCUACUCCUGGCCUUGCUGUGUCUAAGUCUGUCCCCAGCCACCACCUCUCUCCUGCCCCUACUCCUGGCCUUGCUGUGUCACAGUCUGUCCCCAGCCAGCGCCUCUCUCCUGCCCCUACUCCUGGCCUUGCUGUGUCACAGUCUGUCCCCAGCCAGCGCCUCUCUCCUGCCCCUGCUCCUGGCCUUGCUGUGUCUCAGUCUGUCCCCAGCCACCGCAUCUCUCCUGCCCCUGCUCCUGGCCUUGCUGUGUCUCAGUCUGUCCCCAGCCACCGCCUCUCUCCUGGUCCUGGUCUUAGCCUUGCUGUGUCUCAGUCUGUCCCAAGUCGUCACUCUCCUGGCCUGUUUGCCCCUGGUCCUGAUAGCUCAAACUCUUACAGUUCUCUACCUGUGUCUCAUUUUAAUAAUAAUAGCACAAUGAUUCCCUCUUCAUCGUUUCCCGGCACGGCCUAUUCUCCUACUCUCUACCACAACCCACCACAGACACAGAUGGGACUACCGCAACUCAGCUCCAGUCUAGCCCCCCUGUCCCUCCAACCACUGGACAGUCAAUGGACAACUUCAACACAGAACCCUGACUCAGGCGGGAGACUGGGAACCUGCAAGCCAAGUGAUAUGUCAAAAGCAAAUAAUUGGACAACAACAACACAGAACACCGACUUGGAUGUCCGAGGGCUACGAGCAGAGUUCACGCCGCAAACAAGUGCCAUGUUUGAAGCAAAAGACGAUGUCGUAAUGGUGGAUCAGCCGGUUUCAGCAGCCACCGUGGCGGCCCCACCUCCUCCUCGCACUCAGAUGAUUGGCAGUUUGUCAGGGGCGGUCGGGCCAGUGGUAGAGCCUGCCCCAGGGCCAGGUCCCGCCUCCCCUUCAGCCAUCAGUAGUCUGAUCAGCCAGCUGAAGCCUGAGUUGUUCAGUAACCUGGUGGAGAUUAUAAAGGAUGUCCAGAAGAACUCUGUCCAGUUCUACAUCCACACACAGGAGAGGGAGGUCUCCCACCACAUCAAGGAGUACCUCCAGAGGUUGGGUAACGUAGAACGCAGUCCUGUGAGUUUCCUGGAGAGAGAGAACCGGAUGGACAAACUAAUGGUUCUCAUCCAGAACAAGGACAUUGCAGCGCACAUUCACAAGAUCCCGGCGCUGGUGCGGUUGAAGAGGCAGCCGUCGGUGAUCUUCGCUGGAGUAGACAGUCUGGAAGAUGUGAAGAACCACACCUACAACGAGCUGUUUGUCUCUGGGGGAUUCGUUGUCUCAGACGAGUUUGUCCUCAACCCUGACUACAUCACUCACGAGCGUCUGCGGGUGAUUCUGAUGUUCCUGGACCAACAGAACUCAGCAGAGAGCGUGUGGAGGUGGCGGGUCCACUGGAAGACCCAGAAGAAACUCAAGGAACAGUCCAGGUUUAAAAGUGAAGCCAGGAAGAUCUUGAACCUGCUGACCACGUACCAGAAGAAAAACAUUGUGGAGUUCCUGCCAUACCAUGAGUGUGACGCUCCAUCUCGCCCCGCCCCCGACCUGGACUGUCUCCUCAAGCUGCAGGCACAGCACAUUCAGCAACGACACAUCAUCUUCCUCACGGAGAGCCACUUCGAGAUGUUCCCCCACUACUCCAGUACUGGCAUCGUCAUCGCCAACAUCAACGACAUCAUGCACAACUUCGGUGGCCUGGUUGGUUUCCAUGACAUCAGAGACAAGCGGUCUACCUCAGUAGACCUCAUAGCUGCAGCUACUACAGUCCGAGAGGAAAAGCAUGUUCUGGAGGAACCGAUCCUUCUGGACUCCCCCUCCUCCCCAGAUCGCCUGGUGGACCGCCUGUCCACUCCGCUGAAUGAGGACGACUUCCAUCCAUCCCUCCCCGACCAGCUUGUUCCUGACGCGGGGACACCCAUGGAGCUCAACUUCCAGGCCCUGAAGGAGGCCAUCUCUCAGUUCAAGGCUGAUAAGGCUGCUCGCUCACAGAUGGCACCUCCAGAGGUGGAUGGGGAGAGACCAGAGUCCCCACCAGGACCAAGGAUUCCUGGCCUGGGUACAGACUCACCAGGGUGUCUAGGGGACUCUGGAGUUGGUUUCCUCACCCCUGGUCUCCUCACUCCUAGUUUCACCCCUUCCCCUGUCUCUCUCCUUGGUCCUGUCCCUCUCCGCUCCAGCCAGUCCCCUGCUGGGAUCCAGAAGGAAGUGGGACUGACCCCCACAUGGCAGGCUAAAGAAGCUACCCUCUCCUCACUCCACUCUAAGCUCGGUCUGAGUGUAACAGCUGGUGCCGAGGUUACCAGUGACAUGUCUUUGUGUGGCUCCCAGGGCAGACUGAACGCUUUCAGCAGCCACCGGGAUCCUUUAGCUGGCAUUGUCACUGAGGGCCAUGGGGAGUCGGGGGCCACACCCAGCAACACUAACGACCCCCCAGGCCCUGAGCCUCCAAGGUCCCAUGGGGAGAACACUAAACUCAGCCUCCAGGGGGGAGGAGGAAUGACUGACAAAGCCCCUAGCAGCCCCCUCCCUGGUCCUCCAGGUCCCAGGGCAGCAGCCCCCCGGCCAGUUGGUGGUGGGGAUUACAUAGCGGCAGCGACAGACAGACUGGCACAGGCAGCCAGACAGCAGCAGAGAAACGGCUUGUUACCCAUGCCUAAUACACUGUUCCUUAACAGUAACCUCAAUCUGCACAACCAUGGCAUGAGCAUAUUCCAAAGGCCCAUGUUGAAUAGGCUGGAAGGACCUGCAGGACGGGGGGGUAUUAGACCAUUGAUGCCUAAUGCCAUUGGCUGGGCUAGGAUGGGCCAGGCAGGGGGGUCAGAGUCCUGUCUAUGGGGCCUUCAGCAGCAGAACAUGGGGCUGGGGCGCCACACAUUCCCUCCACGACUGAUGGGGAACCCUCAUCACCCCUGGGGUAGUAACCAGACUGCUAACCAGGGGCGUGGGAAUGGCCCUUGGAAGCGGUGACGAACGGCCGAGUGAACAAGAGUUGUGUUCCGCAGGUAUCAACCUGAAAACACUGAGGAUAUACCGGGACGUCCAUUUUUGUUUUCUGUUGUGCCCCAAUGGAUAGAGAGCAACUAGCACGACUACCUACUUGACCGAUAGUCAAAUCUGUUCUACACAUUGCAUUUCUUACUGAACCCUCCUGUCCCAAACAGGCCCCACUAGUGUAUCUUAAUUAAUGAUCCUAAAGAAGCGCUUUACUUGACAGGAAAUAACUUUUUUUCCCUUCCAGAUGGUGCUGCCUGCUGAUGAUACUACUCACUAACCUGUCAGAUCUUGUCAAACCAAACAAUUAUAUUUGUAUUUUCUAGGAAAACUUUUUGUUAUUACUUGUUUGUUUAGGGGCUGUAUUCAAUCAGAUCCCCUUUAGCCGACAUCUGCGUAGCGGUUGUUUCGGCGGUAGAACAGCAGAGCUGUCAAAUCCACUAGCAGCUCCUGGCAUUAUACCCAGUGGACAUUGUCUGAACGGUGUUGCAUUAAGAGAAAUCCCAUUAUAAGUUUGAACAGUGGAAUGUGAGAUGUAGUCUACACCUCCAUUAGGAGAUAGAAACCCUCAAUAUUAAGUUUCAGGAUUGUUCAAUUAGAGCGUGAUUAUUUCUAUAUAGCCCACACUUCCUCAUUCUGAACAUCUAAUGGGAGAGGGCCGGGUGUGGCUGAGUGACAAUUAUCGCAAGAGCAGCUGCUCACCGAUUUGAUGCCUCAGUUCGACCUUCAACACCACUAAACCAUCCACUAUGCUACGCUUGAUCUGAUUGAAUCUAGGCCUAAGUUAAUAUCCUUGUACCUUUUUUGGUUUUGUAAAGAAGUAUACUGUAGCCAUUUGGCCUUGUACAGAAAACCAGUGGUUUUUAUCUUAAUGUUAUUUUUUACAACUUUGUUUGUAUUAAAACAUGCUUGUCAAA